AUGCAGUAUAACAAAUUGGUCAAUACACUUUUGGAUGCUUUUACAAAAGAAUAUCCAAAAAGGAGAUUUCUUUUAACUAAACUUCUUGGUUCUGGUGCGGAAGGAGGAGCCUUUCUUGCUUCCGCCUCUGAUUGGAGCAAUAAUCCUUAAUAAGUAGUAAUUAAAAUACAAAAAAACAUGAAACCUAAUGAAAAAUAAUUUCUUAGUUCUUUAAUAGAGUACCAAAAUUUAUAUGAAAAUGGAAAUAAUUAAUAAUAUCUUCCUACUUAUUUAAUCAGAAUAUAUGAAUAUUUUUAAUGGUAAAAGAAUCAUUGCAUUGUUAUGGAAGUUGGACAAGAAGAUUUAUAUCGUUUCAUAAAUAACAGUAGGAAUGUAUCAAUAUAAGAAAAAGUACAAAUUUGUUUUUAGGUAAAUAUUUUAAUAAAUAUAAUUAUAGAUUAUUUACCCAAUUCUAUUUCUACAUUAAUAGAAGUUAAUCCAUCGAGAUAUUAAACCAGAAAAUUAUAUUAAAGUAGGAAAUGUUUUUAAACUUAUUGACUUUGGUUUAAUUAGGAGUUCGUUAUCUGAUGUUAAAACUUUAUAAGUUGGUAGUACAAUAUUUCAAGCACCAGAAAUUCUAGAAAAUAGAAGUGAUUAUACAGAUAAAGUUGAUAUCUGGUCAUUAGGAUGUGUUUUUUAUGAAAUAUUAUAAACUUAACCUUUGUUUGAUGGUAUAAAUAAAUUUAUAAUCUUAGGAUAAACUCAUUAAGAAGUAACUAAAAAUAUUAAAAAUCAUAAAACCUACCCAGUUCCUGUUAAUAAUAAAAUCAAUUAAUUAUAAAUUUCAUAAUAAUUUAAAACCAUUUUAACUUCAAUGCUAAUUUAUGAUGAAAAGAAAAGGCCAUCAAUAUAAUAAGUUUAUGAUG